AUGGCCCUCAGAGCUGGUGCUAAGCUAUCGAGCUUUGCGAAGAUCUUCGCAAGAAGUUAUCAAGUUGGUAGCACUACCAGAAAGACGAUACCGGUCUAUCCAGCAAUAGAAAAAGAAUGCAAAUCGAACUUGCUGAAGCAACUAUCGGAGAAAGACCUUAAUGAUAGUCUGGAUCCACAGAAAUGGAGACGAGAACUAAUUUCGACACAUAACAAAGAUCGUCUACGGGCCGGUGAUGUUGUUCGUGUGGCUUACAACUCGCAAAAAUGCAAAUACGACAAUUUGAUGGGAUAUGUGCUUUCCGUGGACCGGAAGGUUUUGACGCAAGAUGCAUCAAUCCUGUUGAGAAACCAAUACGCCAAGACGUUCGUGGAGGUUCGUGUGCCCAUUUUCUCGCCGCUAAUUGAUAGAAUCGAUCUUAUCAGAAGGGCUGACGGCAGAAGACAGAGAGGCAAGCAUUACUACAUCAGAAACACCAAGCUGGACGUCGGAGACUUGGAAGCUGGUAUGAGAAAGCGGAGGUGA